AUGAUGUUCUCACUUCCGCUCACAACUCUGUCAACAGCCCAGGACACCGAUGCCAGUGAACAGAGCUUCAACUGGCAGAAAGAGACCAACGAUCUCACACUGGUCAUCGAUAGUUAUGGCGCACGCGGUGGCUUUCAGCUCCUGAAAGUGGCUCAAGGUUCGCAGAUUCGGCAAACUAUCGAGAUUGAGAGACUGAUCAACCAAGGAAACCAGAUGACUCGUCUAACUCAGGAACGUGGAGUGCAGAUGCAGACCGAUCAGCUACCCAUCACCGCCAUCGUGCGCUGCCCCCUGCUGGCCAUACGAUGGCAAGUAUCCAACAACAAGCUCAGACGUAUUCAGAUGAGGCUUAAGUCGGAUAAAGAUUUCGAUACUUUAUUCAACCACCUCCUUCAACUUGGUCUCUACAUGAGUGGAACAAAGGGAGCCCUGCCCCAGUCAACGCCAACAGUUCCGUCGCCAUCUCCCGCGCGAGCGUUAUCCUCUAGACCAAGCCUGACCGUUGUCACAUACUCUGAGCAGCCCGAUAGGGGCCCUGUCGCAGGUGGACUAUCGUGUCCUCCAUCACGACUGGCGGAGAUAUCCAGUCGACCCUAUACGAGCCAUAACGCGUCUUCUACUCCAGAUUCCCAGCUACAAGGAGCGCCGUACACUCGUCCAGUAUCUGCCACUCCAGGCUAUGCUAGCGGAGAGGGCAACAUAUCAGCUUCCUUUUUAAGUCCUCUUGCUCCUCCUGUGUUCUUCGCUCGACCCACCUCAGCUACCUCGGAUAUCUUGGGGCGCUCGCAUCUUGACUCUCCAUAUGCGUCAGACCAGCAUAUGCCGACAAUUGAAGGGUCCCCUUGUACAUCCACUGAACGACCAAGCACUGCUAUGCUCUUCAACCGUCCCAACAGCGCCAACCGCCCUGCUAGUGCUAAUCGUCCUGAUAGCGUUGAGACACUACCACCUAGACGAGAGCUUCCUUUCUCGCGCUUAUCGUCACCUCGCUCCUCGGGAAGUGAUAGCAUGCGACCGUCAACCGGCACGAUGGGUCCACCCCCCUUGCCAGCACGUGUAGCCAGCGGCCGACCUAGUUCCAGUCGAAGCCCAAACAGCAAGGAGAUAGAGCUUCCUCCUUUACCUCAGCCCACCGUUAUCAGUAAGACUGCCCGUGGUAAGCAAGUGAUGCAGCAGCCUCCUCACACGCCGAAUCAAGAUCAAUACAGCCCCCAGCGCGCUAAGACGUCUCCGCAUCAAGGUGUCGAGAGCCAGUCGCCUUUGACAUCGUCUCCCGUUUCCUCUCCACUGUCGUUCAGAAAGUUGAGCUCAACUGCCCUACCUACUCCAUUCGGCUCGCUCAGCAAUACUGCCCAGAAAACUCAUCAUCCCAUGUCGCACAAUGCUGCCGAUACACCACCUACAUCUGUCGCUAGCCACCGUGGUGCAACUGUGUCCUAUAUGGGCUCCGCGAUUGGUAUGCACGGCAAUGACGGCUUGGCAGCAUAUGCGUUGCAGUCUGAUGAGGAACGCAGGGAGGCGCUGAAUGAGUUCGUCUAUCGCCACCUCGAAAGCGAAGACUUCCUUACGCUCGUUCAAGACAUGGAGACAGCAUGGGCGAGGGUCGCACUGGGUAUGCAAUGA